AUGAGGGGAGCGCCGAGACACCCCCCCCCCCCGCGGGCCCGCGGAGGCUGCGGCGGGACAGUCACAUCUCGAAAACUUCCCGGAAAGCAUCAAAACAGCGAAGCGGGUGAAAACAGGUUGUGUGAAAGGGCCGCGGGCGGCCGCGGCGGUCUCGGGGGAGGCGGGCACUGGCCCGGCGCGGGACCCGCGGCGCCCGCAGCUCCUCGGCCGCGGCGGCCCCCUGAGCCGGCGCGGCCCCCUGAGCCGGCGCGGCCCCCUGAGCCGGCGCGGCCCCCUGAGCCGGCGCGGCCCCCUGAGCCGGCGCGGCCCCCUGAGGCGGCGCGGCCCCCUGAGGCGGCGCGGCCCCCUGAGGCGGCGCGGCCCCCUGAGCCGGCGCGGCCCCCUGAGCCGGCGCGGCCCCCUGAGCCGGCGCGGCCCCCUGAGCCGGCGCGGCCCCCUGAGCCGGCGCGGCCCCCUGAGGCGGCGCGGCCCCCUGAGGCGGCGCGGCCCCCUGAGGCGGCGCGGCCCCCUGAGGCGGCGCGGCCCCCUGAGGCGGCGCGGCCCCCUGAGCCGGCGCGGCCCCCUGAGCCGGCGCGGCCCCCUGAGCCGGCGCGGCCCCCUGAGCCGGCGCGGCCCCCUGAGCCGGCGCGGCCCCCGCGCCGGGCUUCAGAUCUGCUCUGUAAAGGCUGUGGAGUCAACCCUUGCGAACAGUGCCGAGGCGUCCUGCUGACUUCAGCUGAAGUUUACGGCGUUGUUGCUGAGUCAUCUGGACAGAAACAGGCAGGGAAGAAAUAA